AUGAGCACGUCGUGGCAGCAGGUGCUCCAUGCGAUGCGCAACCCAAGUCGCAGCGACUUCUCGUUCCUGCCGCACACGUACAUCCGCUCGACGCCGCCCCGGCGGUCGUACUCAGCCGGCUCGGACACGGACGACGCCACCGAGACGACGCCCAUCAACACGAGGCAGCCCGCCGUCGUUGACACCAAGUCCAGCUCGGUCCGCUACAGCGCGUACUUCUACGUGCUCGUGGUCAUCCUCUCGAGCGCGUGGGUCUGCAACGAAUGGGUCUACCAGUACCCGCUGUCGCCCACGCGGCUCUACAACAUCCAAGUCGACAUGUUUGAGGGCCGUGUGAACCACGCCGCCUUCUUCUUUGAGCAAAUGCUCGCGCUCGGCAUGCUUCUCGGCGCGCUCUGCACGUUCAAGCUCGCCGACAACCUCGGGCGCGCGACUAUGAUCGAGCUCGCGGCGAUUCCGUAUGUGCUCGGGUGGCUUUUCAUCGGCGUGGCCUUUGGCCAGGUCACGCUUCUCAUCGGCCGCUACUGUCUCGGAAUGGCCGUGUCCAUCUUUACGAUCGUGGUGCCUGUCUUCCUCGGUGAACUCGCUGAGGACGACAGUCGAGGCCGCGUGCUCUGCCUCUGCACGUUUCUCGGUCUCGUCGGUCGCUUUCUGUACUUGAUUUUGGGCCAAGUACUCAUUUACCUCAGCAGUGUCUACGUCGGCUUCAACUUGAGCGAGUGGAAGAUCAUGGCGACCCUCGGCGUCAUCCCCGGGCUCUUGCUCCUCAUCUGCAUGCAGUUCGUGCCGGAUUCGCCGUCGUGGCUCCUUCUACGCCACAACGACCGUAUCACGGCGUUUAACGUCUGCACGCGGCUCCUGCAGUCGGACGCGCUCGUGCAGUCCCGGGCCGAAGUUCGCGUCAACUCGAUCCUUCAUGCUGACGUGCUCUCGGCCCACGCGGGCCCCAAGAGCCUUCGACGCGGCUUUGGCCGACCCCUCGCACUCGUCGCCGCGCUCUUUCUUCUCUCGUCGAUCGCGUCGUCGCUGAUUGUACCGACUUUGUACCCGACCUCGUCGCGCGCCUACGCGUUUGGUGUUCUCGGCAUCGGUCUCAACGUGAACGACCUGCAUCAAAUGCUGCUCAGCUGUGCGGCCACGGGCGCGGCUGCCGUCGGCGUCCUUACGGCCACAGUGCUCAUCGAUGCUCAAGGCCGCAUCUGGUGCCUCAAGGUUGGCGCCUUCAUCGUGAUCCUCACCGCGUGCCUUCUCCUCGGGUUGCGUAUCCAAGCCGGGCCCGAUGACACGCUCAACGUCAAGGAGCCAGGAUCGGCACUGCUGCUGCUCAUGACCGCCGGCCACUACAUUGGUCUAGGAGUCACGCCCGUCGUUCUUGCGAGCGAGCUGUUCCCGGCGCGCCGGCGCAUCGCCGGCAUGAGCGUCGUCGUGCUCCUUGCGUCACUCACUGCUCUCGUGACGGCGUAUGUCCUCGACGGUCUGCGCUCUAGCGUCAUCUCCAACUCAGUGCAGAUGUUUCAAGGCAGCGUCGUGGCCAUGGCAGCCGUGAACAUCCUCGCGCUGCUCUUGACCCUCUUUUGUGUGCCCGAGACAUGUGGUCGGUCCCUCCAGGAGAUCGAAGCUAUCGUGAGCGGCUGGACGCCAACGACGCCUCCGAUGCGAGGUGCCACGGCCGUCAACCUCCGCGUCCGUGUCUCGGCGUCCUAUGGCACGGACCGGCAUGUGUAAACAACAUCUGUGGGCGCUCAAAACGAAUUGUCCAACGCACAACGUGUUUAUGCUUCUUGGAUCAAACGAUUAAAAGU